AAUUUGUCCAAUUUGAUUUGAAAAAGCCAAACUGGACAAAUAUAUUGGGAAGAAGUGGGAAAGAUAGUAUUUAGAAAGUACUCCUUAAUAAAUAGCAAAGACCACCUCGACUCCGAAGUCCGAACUUAUCUGGAUCCCUCCACCGUUCUUCCUCGCUCUCCCCCACCCUCUCCCGAUCAGGUCUUUGGAUAGAAUACUAGCUCAAGCAGAUUGAUUUGUGGCCACGUCUUCUCAAGCAGAUUUAAUUGUAGCCGCGUCUCCUUCACAUUAUCGACCAAGUUUCAUGUCUGGACUUGAUCUUGCGACUCCUGAAACUCUUGAUUUAUUUGCUGAUGCAAAUGUUGAUAGUUCGGGUGGAACAACAGAGUAUGUGCACAUCCGUAUUCAGCAACGAAAUGGUAGGAAAAGCUUGACAACUGUGCAGGGAGUGAAGAAAGAGUUCAGCUAUAAUAAAAUUCUGAAGGACCUCAAGAAAGAGUUUUGCUGCAAUGGAACUGUCGUUCAGGACCCUGAAUUAGGCCAGGUUAUUCAGCUUCAAGGUGACCAGCGGAAGAAUGUAUCGACCUUCCUCGUGCAGGCUGGAAUUGUGAAGAAGGAAUUCAUCAAAAUUCAUGGUUUUUGAGCUGGCGUCCACUAGCAUGAAAGUCACCAUAUUUGUUCUUGGUGCUGGAGAUCCUAUUAUCAUUCUGUGGUUUGAUAAAAGGAGUAUUUACCUUCUUUCUUUGUAUUCUGCGAUAUGCCUUUCCAUUCCCUAGUAAUGCCUUGUCGUUUAAGAAAGAUUGUUCAACUUUGUGCUUUGCUUUCACUGUAAUUGAUACCUAAAAUUCAUUGUUGGUAGAUUUUCCUGUAG